UUGGUAAGACACUUCGACUUGUGCGUUUACGAUUAUCGUAGAAUAUGUCCGAAACAUAUCACCAUUAAUCUGAUUGACGCUUCUUAUGGAUUCCUUUGUAAUGAGGGCUAUGACACAUUUAUGUCAAGUGCCGAAUGCCUUAUGGAACUAGAUCGAAAACCAUCGGUAAAGUAUUGUCACGAUGAAACGCUAUCUGACAUUGAAAGAGCAAACCAUGAAAUCGGUAUCACAAUGCCUCUUAAAUUGGCCAGAAUGUGCGAGGCACUAAACUUCUUCUCGGGAUGUGUUCGUCUACCAAUUCGACACAAUUGUGGUGUGUCAGCAUGGUCGGUGAUCUAUCGUGUUCUACGAGAUACCACAAAGACACUAAUGCCUAACUGUCAAUUCACCGGUCAACCGCAGUCUUCCAAUCGUCGUCAAACUGCUGCUGUUCACACCACCACUCAGUCAUCUGCUAAAGUUGCGAAUCAAAAUGCGCAACAAAAUAUGCGACCCAACCAAAUGUAUCUACAGGUGAGUUUUCAUUUCUUAGCGAUUCAUUAG